CUCUCACCGCCGCAGACCUCGCCUCGCUCUCUCUCGCUGCUCACAGGCAUCUGUAAUUAGUUCGUGUGUUUAUACUCUCUGCUUGCUUGUUUCCGUCCUGAGAGAGAGAGGUUUCCUCGACGCGAGAUGAAGCUCCUCGCGUGUGUGGUGGUGUCCCUCCUGCCGCUGUGCUUCUGCCGGCCGCCCGAGGCGCCGAACGUGGUGGGCACCUUUGUAGGAGACCCUAUCCUCGGUAAGCUGAUUCAGACAAGGCAGAGAACGACGGGCUGGCCGGCUGACCCCCCCGGUUGUGUGUGUGGUUCUGCAGGCUCCCCUAUUGCUGACCUGAUCAAAGCUGGUCACGGUGACGACGUGAUUUUGCCUUUCGCAGACUCAGACGAGAUCACCACUGACGAACUUUUUGAGCAAGGAAGGGCGGCCGGUAGCACGGACCCGCUCAACAACCGAAUCGACGCAGCGUAAGCUCUGUAAAGCACCGCACGCACACAUUGCCAUCCCCACACAGUUCAUUCUUGCGGGUCGUGUCAGAACCAAGAAUGAUUACAUUCUGUACGAAAGCUCCGCGCUCUUUGACGACCGGCCUGAGGUGCGGGACCGAACCCCGUGCUCCUCACUGCUGAUGUGUGUCUGUGUCUGCAGAACUUUCUGACAGACUUUGAGUCGGGCAUUAGUACCAUUGGUUUCAGUGGCAACCAGUUCCCUUUCGCCUCCCCCCUCUUCCCGGAUGGCGAUGUGCACGUCUUUGACAAAGACGACUUUGGGCUCGACAAAGAGGUGCGUACAAGCAGACAAUGAAGCAGCCCACACAGCUACCUCGAGGCCACUUUCCUGGUGAUCGUGUGCAGGUGACGUUCUGCCAAAUCUGUAUCGACGCCGAUAAGAACGGCGAAUGGACCACUUUUGACGAGGAUGGCAACCCUUCCUUCAAUAGAGAAGUGUCGAUUUCCCUGAGGGCUUUACGGAUUUCUCCACCACCUUUAUUGAUGAGGAGUCAGGCUCAAAGUGCCCGGUGAGUGCUGAGCAAAGAGGUUUGGGGCACCGCCACUGUGAAUGUGUGUGCUGGACUCAGGCACGUCCCAAUGUCAUUGUCUUGCUUGGCCCCUGCGACAGCGACUGCGAGCCCGCCGACUUUGGCAGACUGCAAACCUUUAACGCCGCUUUUGCAGCGCAGCUGGUAGACGUAUCGACACUCCACUUCUUGCAUCGCACGUUUGCCUUUGGUUUCUAGAUUGCCAACAAUUGGGGCACCGGUGCCGGCAAGGCGGGCAUCUUCGUGUAUUUCAACGUGAACGAAGAGCCCGUAGAUGCGGGUUUCAACUUGAACAGAGGCGUGUACAGAGCUGAUCUCAGUUCAACGUCGUCCCGCCAGGAUGUUAUCUGGCGGGAUGUCUCUACCUGCCCUCCUGAGGAGGGCAACGCGCUGGGCGGACAGGUGGCCGUUCGAGCAGCCGUGAUAGCAGACGCCGUCGAUCAAGGGAGGUGCAGGCCGCUCACAGCCUUCGGUGUUGAUCUUGUGGAGGGUGCUAUCGUCCUUGGGUUCAUCCGGCGCGCCAAUAGGGACCUCGAAAACUACGAAGCUGGCAACUUUCUGUUCGGUGGGUCGUUAAGAGUGCCAGUGUCUAUAGACGGACGCUUCUCUCUCUCUCUCUCUCUCUGUGUGUGUGUGUGUGUGUGUGUGUGUAUGUAGCCCGUAUUCGUGUUGGCGAUGAGAGCAACAACAUCAUGCUUGGAUCUGACCAUCCCGACUUCUUCAGCUCUGGGGGAGGGUAUAAAUACACACCACACAAAAACGGCUGCAGACAGACGCUGUGUGACCUCAUGGCUGUGUAUGCGUGCGUUGUGUUGCCCCGCAGCAAUGACAUGAUCAACUUGGGGCCUAACACGAACUUUGUCGCGACUGGCGGGGGCCAUGACAAGAUCGUCUUCUUCAAGAACACGUUGGAGCAAGAGCCUGCCGUUUCGGGGGGCAGUGUGAGCACACUCGUGUGGCACAUGAGCCGGCCGGCCGUCAUCCCUUCUCUCUCUCCGUGUGUGUGUGUGUGUGUGCAGGGCCUGGAGAACAGAUUCCUCGAUUUCGACGUCACUCGCGAUAAGUUCGUAUUCGAGUAAGCCAUCACAAUUCACGCAUCAGAGACUCGUGCAUGCGUCGGGUCGAUCUCGAGAUCUGUCUGUCUGUCUGUCUCUGUCUGCCCUGUGUCACGAAACAUGCAGCGCCAAUGACUACGGCCUUCGGCACAUCAGUUUCUGCAACACCAAAUUCGGCAGUGGCUCUGGGCCCCAGAAUGAUGAUCUCAGCCCAGAGGAGCCUAUCGGCGAUUGCAACGUUAUCGUGGUCCAGAACAGCGAUAAUGACGACGACGAAGUAGGAGAGGGAUACACAACAACCCGGUGUGCAUUUCGCUGCCCUACAUCAUUCUGUCUCAGACAACUGGCUUCGGUGCCGGCGCGGCUGCCAAUCUCGGUAAGCCCAAAAGGCAGAAAACGCGCUGCGCUCACAGUAAAUGAACGCCUGUCUGCAUGACCUGCCUCGUGUGUCUGCCAACAGUUGCCGACGCCAUUCAGGCUGAAGGCGACAACACAGACAGCAGAGCGGGGCUCAUCCUUUACUUCAACAGCCGAUUGGCGCUCAAUCGCCUCUUCUGGAGCUCUGACAUCACGAAGCGCACGACGGACGACCCCCGCCCCGAAAUCAUCAUCCUCGGCAGAUUCACCGAGCGCGAUGGCGUGGGCGAUGAGGAGGAAGGGACCAUCGAUGGCCAGGACGCGGUCGAUAAUCUGCCCUUCUGGCAGAAGAGAAACUUUAUGGUGCUUAAGGUGAGUAAAGGGAGACAAGGAUACAAAGAUACAGACAAGCAGCAAGGGCAUGGCAUGUGGCCGUCUCUGUGGUGUCCUUAAGGACAACGACUUCGAGGCCAACGCCCUCUCGGUCGCUAAGGGCGGCGAUGCGGACGAGACCGCAAUGGAGAAAGACGCCAAGAAAUUCGGUGGGCAGUCGAUUAUUGAUUGCAUUUCGCUUCGUACCGCCCCGCACUUUUCGCGUUUCGUGUUUGCUUGAAAAGGUGACUUCGGCGAGCUGUGCCUCUUGCCGCCCAAGAAUGAGACCAACAAGCUGAUGAGCAACACCAACGUGAGGGAGGGGGAGAAGAAGUGAGGGAGACGUCGGCCGCACGGCUGAAUUUGGAUGCGUGAACGACACGCACAUGAGGCGAUUUAUAAGGACAUACAUACAUACGUUCAUACUAGUUGCAUGAAGUGUCUUGUUGAGGUGCUGCUGAGGGCGGCUGGGAGCGGCUGGCGUGCGGUGCUUGUCGUCUGCUGCUUGUCAUCUGCUGCCUCUUCCUUUCUCGUGUCUCGGUUUUCGGUGGCUGUCUUUUGAUACACACCACGAGCACUCGUCUCGCUCGAUUGGCGUGGGUCGUGUGUCGCCUCUCUUGACACACGUGCAUACAUGCAUACAUCCGAUGUCUACACACGGGCUGGGGGAAGUGAGCUUUCUGUCCACCCUGGCGGGCGGACGUCUCGUCUGGUUGUCGGUGUUUUUCUGUCUCGCAUGCGCGUGUGAGUGACUGCUCUUUGUCUGGUGUGCUUUCUCGGGAGUUGGCCUGCUGUCCCUCUGGCUUAUUCGGCUGUGGACGCACUCGCUUGGUUGAUGUUGGCCCUGCCUUGGCUCUCUCGGUUGCGUGGGUGCGCGUCUCUCUCUCUCUCUCUCUCUCUCUGCGUGUGUGUGUGUGUGUGUCUGUGCGUGUGUCUGUCUGUGUGUGUGUACAUAGAUGUCAUCCAUGAGUGUGUGGUGGGGCGGAAAUUUAUGGUGUGGCGUGGAUUGUAUAGAUACAUACAUACGGAAGUGGGGUGCGAAUUAAGGGCUAAGCUUGUGCAGGGGGUUUUUCCUACCUAGUUGUGUCUCUUGUAGUUGUGUCUCUUGUCGCCUUUGUCUUGCUGAUUACCUAGGCCUUUAUGUGCUCAUCGCACCUAUCGCACCUAUCAAUCGCAGCCACCAUCCAUCCAUCGCAUUUAGCGGCGCCGCAUGACAUGAAUGAUUGCAAUGGACACCCAGAUAGGCCCGCCUGUCGGUUUUCCACACGAUCAAUCGCAGCCACCAUCCAUCCAUCGCAUUUAGCGGCGCCGCAUGACAUGAAUGAUUGCAAUGGACACCCAGAUAGGCCCGCCUGUCGGUUUUCCACACGUGUCCACUCGUGUGUGCGCUUUUAGUGCUCUAGUGCUCACUCAUACGACGCGUGCACACGGCAAAUGAGGUGGGCGCUGCUUCCUUCCGUCUUUCCUUGUUCCUCUCUUUCUCCUCGCUUCUCUCGCCUUGAGUGAGCCUGUCUGUCUGCGUACACACAUACAUCGCCACGUGCACUCUCCUCUGCUUGUUGCGGGCCACGUGCACUCUCCUCUGCUUGUUGCGGGCACCCGUGUGUGCAGUCCAACAGACGAGGGGAGAGGUGCGCGUGGUGGGUGGCUGUCCUGUGUCUCUUGUUUUCUACGUCGGUCGGUGUGUGCAUGCGUGUGUGUGUGUGUGUGUGUGGAGUGUCGGGGUGGGGGUGGGUGCCCGGCUGAAACGCCAUGGCGGGGAGUGGGGAGGGACUGAUCUGAUCGCACUUACUCUCACUCUCACCUGCUGCACUCAGAGAGACGCAUCUAUCGCACCGAAAUGUACAGACAGGAGAGAGGCGCUCAGCGGACAUCAGAAGCGGUUGUCUGCAUCAUUCUAUGCGGGCCGUGCAAAUCAAUGACGAGGCGGGGCGAGUCGAACAAAUGCUUUUCCGAAUCCCGUUAGCUCGAUGAUGAAUUGCUUUGUGGCUUUGUGCGUAGAGAGGGGGGGGAAGAGCGAAGAGCGGAGAGGUAGAGCGACUUAAGACUUGGACGAGCAGCGACAGAAGUGUGUUGAUUGAAACGAAGUGGAGGCGCAUCGAUGUCAGUGUGCGUAUGUAUCGCUGAGACAACAAAGAGACACAUGCGUCGUGUCCAUCCACCAC